CUUCCUCCUUCGUGCGUCUUCUUCUCCCUGCACCAGCAGUCCAGUACAGCUUCCAGCCUGUUAUCAAGCCGGAAAUAUUUAUUCAUUACCUUAUCUUCUCCCUCAUUUCAUUCAAAAAUGACGCUAUAAAAUUGCGGCGGUUUUGUUGCAUUCUUUGCUCUUUUCAAGCUUCGUUAUGCUACUCUGAACAUUCCUGAAGUGUUGUUUGAAGUCCCAGGCAACCCCCCGUCUCCAGUUAGUUCGUAGGUUUGCACAGGAAGGAAACGCACUCCAUCUGUUUGAAGAAAUGUACCAGUACGUUCCCUCAAAUUGUGAGGGUCCUUUGUCAUCCAAGGGACCUCUAAGCUUGCAAACGCUGCCCACCAAGUGUUCGACCCAUUCCCCCAGAGACAUUUCCACCUGCGACAUCCUCAUGAUAAAGGUAGCUUGUGCCUGAGCCAAGGAUUUUCUACUCAAUCAACAGUAGAAAAGAAAUGCACAAAUUUCUAGGGACAACCCGCUCGAGUUUAACAUCAUGCAGCUCUUUGAGUUUUAAAAAAAUUGAAAAUGGGCAGAAGAUUGUUCGUAGUAAAGGAUGUGACAAGAAACCACGUUCGAGAUCCUUGCAGGAAAAAAUUGUUGAUGCACUUUUUUUAGGGGAAAGAAGUAGAGCAUCUAGCCUCCUCUUAGAACUUGGCUGUGGAAGAAGCACCUUAAAUGCUAAUGAUUUUCUCUAUAUACUUCAACGUUGUGCAAGGCUUCCUGAUCCGCUGUUUUUUAUGGAGACAUGGAAGCUUAUGGAGGAAAAGGAAAUUGAAAUCAGCAGGGAAUGCUAUAUGUUUGCUGUGCAGGCACUCUCCAGGGGUGGUUACUUGAAUGAGGCAUUCAAUUUGUUGAAUAUCGUGAGGGAUAACCCUGAUACUUACUAUUUUCUGCCGAUCUACAACAUUUUUUUGGGAGCCUGUGUUCAAAUGCACAGUAGACCUUAUGUCAAUCAAUGCUUGGAUUUGAUGGAUAAAAAUAUGGUGGGAAAGGAUGAAAUAACAUAUUAUCAGCUUCUCAAGAAACAAGAUCCAAGGGCUAGGGUUCAAGACUUUGUGCCGGCACUAUCUCCAUUAUCUUCGAACUCUCCUUUCUCUCGCUCCGUGGGCCUGUUCGCAUCAAAGAGGAGCUCUUCCCCUUCCAACUUCAUGCUCUCUCGCGUUGAAGAAGAAACAGAAGAGGAGAAUGGAUCCUCCAUAUUCUGUCUGAAGGGAUGACAAAUGAAUGGCUGAGGGUGAG